GUGGAGCAUUUGCUGCUGUCACUAGUGCAAACCUUAUCCUAACUUCUCUGUCAACUUGCUGCACAGCAUAACGAGACUUGUUCCACAAUGUAAUUUCCUGAUAAAGAUUCUAUGCUUCUCUGAGUGAUGAUCCAGCAGGCAGGACGCUGGGGAUGGCACGGCCAGCACAAAACUGCUGAAGCACUGAGCAGGCUGGAGACUCAGAAAAUACACCCGAAAAGUAUUUGUCUGCAGUAUCAGCUGUGUCUUCUUCUGAACAGCCAUUUCUUUUGCCUUUUAAAGAAUGGGAUGGGACUAAUCAUCUUAUGUGCUUAUGUACCAAAGACAGAAGCAGGUCAUUGCAAGUGGGCAGAAGUUCUGAAAGACUUGGAGAAGAUCAAGACAUCCAAAGACAUUGAUGUCAGUUUAUAUACUGCAAACACAGAUGAGGAUGAAGAAUGCCAAGAACCUGUAAUGAGAUGCUUUUUCUUAGAGACAGAAGUGAUUAUUCAAGAAUGUCGUAUCAAAAAUUGUAGUGAAACACAGGAUGUAGUGAACAUAUGGAAAAAUGGAAAUGCAAGCUUAGAAAAUAAAAAGUUGAAUUCCACAACAUCGGCAAAAUGCAAAGAAUGUGAAGAAUAUGAAGAAAAAAGUUUUACAGAAUUUAUACAGAGUUUUGAAAAGGUUAUACAGAGGGACUGCAAACACUGACCAAAAGACACAAGUUGGGAAACAAGAUUCUUCCAUGAACAUUCUCAGAGAAAUUAGAUUAUCACCAACAAUAAACAGGAAAAAGAACAUAAUUUACAAUACUCAUGGCUAUCUCUUAAUAUAUUUAUUUCUACUGUGGUUUUCAGGUAAACCCAGUUACUUGUUCUACCAAAGAAUUCAAAGUCAAAAAUUAGAAUAUUUAUUUCUUCCUUGCCUUUUCUCCCUUUUGUACAAUGGUAGUAUAAGGGUAUUAAAAAUUUUCUUCAGUCUUCUUACAGAAGCUAAAGCUGGUGCUUGGUUCCUCUGUCCAAGGACAACAUGUUUUUUUACUUCAUUUAUUACCUCUGACACUGACACUACUGGGGUCAUUAUGGUAAUGACUACAGUUCCUUUAGCAAAUACCAAAGAUUUCAAUCUAAAUUUCAACCAAAACAGUGUUAAUUCCACUCUCUAAAUCAUGGAGCUGACCAAGGGUCUUACAUACUUUAAAAAAAAUACUAAAUUCUAGGUGGUAGAAAUCUUUCCUAUUGUAGCAGAGUUUGUAGCUUUGAUCUUCUUGUGGGAAAGAACUUUGAAGACAGGAAUCACU